AUGAAGUUGCAGAUUUUGGAUGAAAUCUUUUUAAAUGUUGGAUAUUUGUUGCGCUCCUUGCUUGCCAAUGUUCCUAAUGCAUUAUAUCAUACCCAACUACAAGGAGAAUGCAAUAAGUUUCAAGAUUAUUGCGACUUAAUUGAAAUUCGUCUUUUAGAGGCUAAAAAAGUGAUUGAGAGAGAUUUACGUACUUUGGAAGCUGCUCAAAGACUUGAAAAUGUUCAGACUACAACCACCGCAACAGCGAAGCCGGCGCUGCCAAUGGGUAUGGAUACGAGCUAUACUCCGUCAAACGGAAACACGAGCAAUUUAGACUCAGGAUUGCAUCCUGAUGCAUUUCAAAAUAGGAAUAAUGCAAACAACUUUUUCAACCUUUCCCCUUUCAAUUCUCAGCCCAUGGCAAAUGAAAGCGCUAUGCCUAGGUCUUCGGAAGCUAAAUUCUUUGAAGGCAUAGAUCCGAAGCAAAAAAUGUCGGCUUCACCCAAAUUGAAGGCGACUUCCAGUGGCGUAGAAUCUAUGGGUAACGAAACACGUUCUGAACCCUAUUCGAAUAUGCCGUCCGGUAUUCACACUGGUGGUUCUCGUGAACCUGAUGCCUUUCAAUUUGGCAUGCCACCGGAAGCUUCCUCGGAUCAAGCCUUGCAGGCGAAUGAUUUUCUAUUGCCAAGUGUUUUAGGAAACACCACUACUUCUCCGCAAGAUAACCUGUCAAAUAUAUCUUUCCCUAGCUUGGAUACGGCGAAUGGGUCUAUACCGAGAAAUUUUGAUUUUUUACAACAACAGCAGCAACAGAUUUCUCCAUCCUCAAAUCGCCCUAAGUCCGUCAACGCAUCUUAUCCUCCUUCUUCUUCCUCUACUUUAGACACCAAGACACAGGAAAACUAUAGUGCUGCUUUCGGCAAUGAUAACUCCUUCGCAGCCCAUUUGAAUAGCACCUUUGGCAAUAAUUCUCUUAAUUUGUCUACGGAGAUGCCCACCACAGACAGCAUUAAUGAUUUGUUUGGUGAAUCGUUUGAUUUCACCAUGUCGGGGAAUAACCAGUAA